AUGUACGAGGAGUCCAUGAACACUGUCCUGAUUCAGGAGCUCACUCGCUUCAAUGGCCUGACUCGCGUCAUCACAGCCACGCUCAAGGACAUCCAGAAAGCCAUCCAGGGGCUUUUGCUGAUGAGCUCAGACCUGGAACAGGUCUUCCUGUCUAUUUUCAACGGCAAGACGCCUGCCAUGUGGCUGGCCAAUAGCUACCCAUCGCUGAAGCCCCUGGGCGGCUACACCAAUGACCUGAUUGAGCGGUUGAAGUUCUUUCAGUCGUGGAUCGACAAUGGGAUUCCGGUGACCUUCUGGUUGAGCGGCAUCUACUUCACGCAGGCCUUUACCACGGGUGCCGCGCAGAAUUUCGCUCGGAGGUACACCAUUCCCAUCGACACUUUGGUCUUCGAUUACGAGAUGCCCCAGGACCAGCACCCUGUGGCAAAGCCGGACAAUGGCGUCUACUGCUACGGCCUCUUCCUCGAAGGCUGCAAAUGGGACUGGUCAGAGUGGCAGCUGGAAGAGAGUGACAACAAAGUUCUUUAUGUGCCAGUGCCACUGCUGUGGAUCCUUCCGUGCAAGAAGGCGGAUCUGCGAACAUUCCCAUGGUACGACUGCCCUCUCUACAAGGUGUCCACACGGAAGGGAGUUCUGUCAACCACGGGCCACAGCACCAACUUUGUAAUGCCCAUCAAGCUGCGAUCAUCCCGCCCAGAGUCACACUGGGUGAAGCGCGGGGUAGCGAUGCUGACGCAGCUGGAUGCAUGA